AUGUUCAGCGGUUUUUCUUUUGGAACAAAUUCGUCUACAUCUGCUGCGCCAUCUUCCACAACAACUAAUCCCACAACAUCCACAGGUAUUUCUGACGUUUCUUAGAAAAUUUAAAGCUCUAUUUCAAAGUGUCCACGCCAUUAUUUUUUUUUUUUGAUGUUCUGCUGUCGUUAAUUAUCAUUAAUGCUUCUCGAAAAAUUGAAUUUUUGUUUUUAGCACCGACUUCGUUUCCCUCGGGUGGCUUGUUCGGAGCUAGCACUGCGACGACCGCUUCGACAGCAAGUCCCCUUUUCGGAAAUGUGGCCUCUUCGAAGCCAAGCCUGACAUUCGGCGGCGGAGUCACUGCCACGACGACUGCUCCAGUUUUCCCGAGCUCUGGUCUCUUCUCCGGUCUGACAUCGGCUGCGGCUCCUGCUGUCCCGGCGGCUACUACAACCGCAUCCGCCACCGGUCUUUUCGGAGCUUCUACCGUCACUUCCACGACGACGGCUUCUGCGGACACAGCAACUACCGCCGUCCCGUCGCUCAGCUCUCUCAGCACUCCGUUGAAUACUGGAAAUCUUUCCAAGACCACAACUGUGCAGGCGACAGGUUCUUAAUAUUUUUUUCUUCGUUAACCUUCUUUUUAUUCAGGUACUCCCACAGCGUCAGGCGCUAAGCUUACUGGGUGAGUGGAUUUUUCUGAAGUUUUUUUUUUUAAAGAUGGAAUCUUAGUGCACAGAAUAGUCCAAACGACCUCAAAAAGGCAUUAGAAAGAAGGGCCUAAAGCUCCGUGACAAAUUUUUCCUUUUUGCGCCAUUUCAUCGGCUCUUACGCACAAUUUUUGCUGCCUCUCUUUUCCACCAUUACUUUAGUCUUCAAAAUCCCAGGAAAAAAAUGGAAGGCUCGAUAUUUUUUUUUUCACUAUCCAGUUCUUUUUAUCAUUGUUUUUUUUUUUUGCGCAAAAGAUUUUCAGAUAAAAGACUGUUUUGAAAUAUUAAAGUUUGAGUUUUGUGCUUAUGUGAAUCGCACCGAGUUUGAAGAGAGUUGUUUGAUAAUUUCCAGUUGGGCGUCAACCCCUUUUUCGGCAAAAACUAGCACUGGAACAAAGAGUUCUAAUGGAGAAAAGGGCAUUCUUUCCGAAGAAGAGAUUCGCGCCGGUAUCGCUGGCAAUGACCAGAACCUCUACUUUGAAUGCUUGCAGGAAGUAUUCACAUUUUUUUAAAGUUAUCAAACUUGGGCUAUUUUUGAGGUUGUGAAAAAGUUCCACUACGAAGUGGCAGCACAAGAACGAGUUUUCAACCAGAAAGUUCAUGAACUUAACGUCCACGAUCGGGAUUUGGUUGUUUCGGAGCCAAAGGUAACUUUUUGGAUUGAAAGUAGUUUUUCUACACCAUUAGAUUGCUUUAGAUUUUGUCAUAAUUUUUUUCCUUUUUCAGGUUCUGGGUCUUUACAACCAUUUGGAAAAACUCGAUGAAAGCUGUAAACAGCUGCAGUUCAACGUUGGCAACAUGAACGCUGUUUUGAAUGGUGGGCAAUUUUUUUCAUUUAAACUUUUCUUAUUCAUUUGUUUUUCUAUAAAAUCUGAAAUUAAGAAGUUUUAUUUCAACUUUUCUUACUGCUUGAUAAGGUUUUUUCGGAAAUGGUAGUAUAAUUUUUUCGAUAAGUUAUCAGGUUUCAACCUUAUGUUUUUCAGAUGUUCUGGGCACAGUAGAAGAACUAGAAAAGAGUCUGAAUCUGCCAGACUGGUCAGACCUCAACUACAAAUUCCCGGUUGAUAAGCGAUAUGCCACCAAACACGAUGUUAAACGGGUCCAAAUGUUAGUUUAUUAUUCAUUUUUUUUUCAACUUCAUGAAAAACGUCUAGAGCUCAAAUGAUGCUGAACGUCGAUGGCCAAAUAAAAACAGCGGAGCAAGAUCUGAAUGAAAUAAUUGACAGCGUUGGUUCCUUCUUUAUUUCGAAACCCUUGGAAAAUCGUUUCAGUUGUCCAACUUGCAAUCAAAAACGGCAGAUGAUAAAAAAAAGUACCCACUGGAACAAACGGAAAUCGUGUUGAGAAGACAGCUGGAAAGUCUCAUUCACUUCGCCAGCGCCCACAGUUCGUAAUUUGCAAAGUUUGUUUUCGAACCAAGGUUUUCAGAGGAAAUCGAGGAAAAACUGAACAACCUGAAGGCAGAAUACGCCGAUCGGGCGAACAACAUCGCUCGCUUUUAA